AUGCAGGUAGUUGUAGACAAUGGCGUGGUGCAGGUGUCGCUGUCGAGGCCGCAGGGCCAGAUCACCGGCGUCCGCUACGGCGGCGGCGGCGACCAAAACCUGCUGGAGUACAACGCCAGCCAGGGGAACUCGGGAGGGUACUGGGAUGUGGUCUGGAACUACCCUGGCUCGGAUCACCCAGGAGGAACGAUGGAUAUGUUGGACGGUACAGAGUUCCAGGUCGUAUCCUCAAGUGAGGAGCAAGUGGAGCUUUCCUUCAGGAGCUCAUACAACGCGUCGCGUCCAAACAGCGUCCGGCUAAACGUCGACAAGAGGCUUGUGAUGCUGAGAGACAGCUCCGGGUUCUACUGCUACGCCAUCUUCGAGCACGCCCGGGAGCACCCAGCUCUCAACAUCUCCGUGGCUCGCCUCGCUUUCAAACUAAACGCCGCCAAGUUCAACUACAUGGCGAUCUCGGACGGCAUCCAGAGGUACAUGCCGAGCGCGGCGGACAGGGACCCACCCCGCGGCGUCCCGCUGGCGUACAAGGAGGCCGUCCUGCUGGUGGACCCCGUGGAGCCGGAGUUCAGAGGGGAGGUGGACGACAAGUACCAGUACUCCAUGGACAACGAGGACAACACGGUGCACGGGUGGAUCGCCGGCAGCAACGACGACGACCCGGCGGCGGCGACGGGCUUCUGGGUCGUCACUCCCAGCAACGAGUUCAAGAACGGCGGGCCGCUCAAGCGGGAGCUCACCUCCCACGUUGGCCCCACCUCCCUCUCGGUGUUUCUGGGGCCGCAUUACGUCGGCAGGGACAUGGUGAUCGAGUUCGAGGAGGGCGAGUACUGGAAGAAGGUGCUGGGCCCCGUCUUCAUCUACCUCAACUCCGGCCGCCCGGACUCCAAGAGAGGCCUCUGGGAGGACGCCAAGGCGCGGGCGCAAGCGGAGGUGAGGAAAUGGCCCUACGACUUCCCCCGGUCGCCGGACUUCGCAAAGGCAGGCGAGAGAGGCUCCGUCACGGGGAGGCUCUGGGUCAGAGACGGCGUCGCCAACAAGCAGCAGCAGCCGGCUGCGAUGGCCUACGUCGGGCUCGCCGCGCCUGGCCAACCUGCCUCCUGGGCCACGGAGAGCAAGAGGUACCAGUUCUGGACGAGGGCCGCCUCCGACGGCAGCUUCAGCAUCGGCGACGUCCGGGAAGGGGUGUACAACCUGUACGCCUGGGUCCCCGGGAUCCUUGGCGACUACAUGCACACCUUCCCCGUGACGGUAACUCCGGCGGGCGGCGUCGACGUCGGCGACCUCGUGUUCGAGCCCCCGAGGUCGGGCCCCACGCUGUGGGAGAUCGGCGUCCCGGACCGGUCGGCGGCGGAGUUCUACGUCCCCGACCCCGACCCGAGGUACGCCAGCAGGCUCUUCCUGACCAAGGACAGGUACAGGCAGUACGGCCUGUGGGAGAGGUACGCCGCCCUCUACCCCGACAGCGACCUCGUGUUCACCGUCGGCGAGAGCAACCACUCCACGGACUGGUUCUUCGCGCAUGUCACAAGGAAGGUCGUCGGCGGCAAGGGUGACACCACGGUGGUGCCAACGACAUGGCAGAUACGCUUCCACCUGGACCGCGUCGUAGCGGGCGGCAACUACACGCUGCGCGUCGCCCUCGCGGCGUCGCACAUGUCGAGCCUGCAGGUGCAGGUGAACGGCGGUGGCGGUGACGGCGCCGUCGGCACGCGCGGCGCGCUGGCGGCGGCGUUUCUGAUGGGCGACAACAACGCCAUCGCGCGGCACGGCAUACGCGGCACGGAGUGGAGCCUGGACUUGGGCAUCGACGGCCGCCUGCUCAUCCGAGGCGACAACACCAUCCACAUCACCCAGGCGAGCGCCCUGAACCAGUUCGUCGGGGUCAUGUACGACUACAUUCGCCUCGAGGGCCCUUCCACAUAGUGGCCCGUGAGGCCGUGACCUGCUAGACUCUAGGCUGCUAGGCCCAAGAUCCUCUUUGUUUUGUUCUACUCUACGCCUAAGAUACAAGAAUCCCAUGGGCCAUGGCAAAGGGCUACUUAUACGCCUAAGAUACAAAAUCAUUUAAUGGUACAAAGUAUUAUAC